AUGUCGGGCACCUGCGAGUCUUCUUCAGCUAGGAACUUCACAAUAAACUGCACUGUCCUUCGCGAUGUCUUCAUGACAGUUAACAGAUUGGCUACGCGGCGGCGGGGCGCUGCUAUAAGAAGCACGGCGGCGGGGGGAGAGAGGGGCGUUGGAGACGGUCGCACCGCAUCUCAAAGUGAUUGGCGCUCGGCGGUAUCAUGUGACGGUGAGGCCGUGUGCGUGCAAGGAGAGAGCGCCGUGACGGGCGUCAUCAACUUCGAGCAGCAGGAUAAUGGACCAGUAACACUCUCAGGAAGGAUUACAGGUUUGACUGAAGGAAAACAUGGCUUCCAUGUCCAUGAAUUUGGAGACAACACAAAUGGUAGGGAUUGUACCAGUGAGGUGCUCACCUUCAAUCCUAUGGCAAAAAACCACGGUGGACCACAGGAUAAAGAGAGGCAUGUUGGAGAUCUUGGCAAUGUGAUUGCUAAUAAAGAAGGUGUGGCAGAAGUGUCAAUUAAAGAUGCUUUAAUUUCUCUUACGGGACCGCUUUCUGUUAUUGGACGCACCAUGGUGGUCCACGAGAGAGAAGAUGACUUGGGUAAAGGAGCAAAUGACGAGAGUUUAAAAACUGGCAAUGCUGGUGGUCGUCUGGCUUGUGGUGUUAUUGGAAUAGCUAAGAUCUAAAUAUUGAUUACUUAAAGGAAAUGAGAAGUAGGCUAUAUAGGCAUUUUCAUUUCACUGAAAACAUCAAUAUUUUGGCCUUGUUCUGGCAAAAGCUUUAAUUGUACUGCUACUUUCAAUCUAUGUAUUGGCUAAAAUAGUGUAAAGAUUUGUGAUUUUGUACCAUGUAUACUGCAAUUAAAAUGUUGAUGGAAAUAUA